AUGGCGAUGGCCGGGCGUGGGCUCUUGGUCCUCUUCAUCUCGACCGCCGUGGUGGCUGGGCUCACCUCUGCGGCGAAUGGUCCUUUCCUGUCCGAUAGCGUCUUCCAGUCGAGCUCCAGAUCUACAGGGAGGAGCUUGCUGCAGGCCAAGAAUAGUUGCCCUGUGAACUUUGAGUUCCAAAACUACACAAUCAUUACAAGCAAGUGCAAAGGGCCAAAGUUUCCAGCCAGCGAAUGCUGUGCCGCACUCAAGGAAUUCGCGUGCCCUUAUUCUAAUUACCUCAAUGACGAGAGCAACGACUGUGCAUCGACAAUGUUCAGCUACAUCAACCUCUAUGGCAAGUAUCCACCAGGCCUGUUUUCCAGCGAGUGCAAAGAAGGCAAGUUGGGGCUUUCUUGCGCAGAUGUCCCCCAGAGGGAUAGUGCCACUGCAAACAGUGGUCAUCACGCUCAGAGCAGCUUGCUUGCGUUGAUUACUGUCUUGAGUGUGGCAGGGGACACCUUCUCUGGUAUGAGAGGAUCAAUGUCCAAUUAUUAUGAUGACUACGACGACAUUGAUGAGAUGGAGGAUGACUAUGAUAUGGAUGAUCCUGCUGAUGACAUGGUAGACGAGCAGCGAGGGCUUAGGGAUUCUGACGCGGAGGAUAAUGAUUAUGGCCAACCGAAUGAUAAGAUCCCAGAUACUUCAUCAGCGGAUGCAAGAAAAGGAAGGGACAUUCAAGGAAUACCCUGGGAGCAGAUAAACAUAACCCGUAAAAAAUACAGACAGUCCAGAUUAGAACAGUACAAAAAUUAUGAGAAUGUACCUAACUCUGGAGAAGAAGCUAUGAAGGAUUGCAAACCAACAGAGAAAGGUGGAAUGUACUAUGAGUUCAGACGAAAUACUAGAUCGGUUAAAUCAACUAUUCUACAUUUUCAGCUUAGGAAUUUGGUAUGGGCUACGUCCAAGCACGACAUCUACCUAGUAUCACAUUACUCAAUUCGGCACUGGUCAGCAUUGAGUGGUGUGAAUACUGAACUUAUCAACGUCCAAGGACAUGUGGCACCAAGGGAGAAGCAUGCAGGAAGUUUAUUAGAGGGUUUUUCUCAGACUCAAGUUAGUACCUUGGCAGUCAAGGACAAUUUACUGGUAGCUGGUGGGUUUCAAGGAGAGCUAAUCUGUAAACACCUUGAUCGGGAAGGUAUUAGUUUUUGCUGUCGAACAACUUAUGAUGAUAAUGCUAUUACAAAUGCUGUUGAGAUAUUUAAUACCUCUAGUGGCGCCGUUCACUUCAUCGCAUCAAAUAACGACUCUGGUGUGAGAUACUAUGACAUGGAGAGGUUCCAGCUAUUCAAGCAUUUUCAGUUUGAAUGGCCAGUGAAUCAUACUUCGUUGAGUCCUGACAGAAAGGUAGUUGUUAUUGUGGGGGAUGAUCCUGAUGGUCUACUUAUUGAUGCCAACUCUGGAAAGACGCUUCAUUCCAUAAAAGGACAUCGGGAUUAUUCAUUUGCAUCGGCUUGGAGCCCUGAUGGGCGAACAUUUGCUACUGGCAACCAAGACAAGACAUGCCGAAUCUGGGACGUGAGGAAUCUCUCAAAAUCCGUCCAUGUGUUGAGGGGUAACCUUGGAGCCAUCAGGUCGAUCCGCUUCACCUCGGAUGGCCAGUUCAUGUCCAUGGCCGAACCUGCUGACUUUGUGCACAUCUACGACGUGAAGAGUGACUACAACAAAAGGCAGGAGCUGGACUUCUUUGGCGAGAUAUCCGGCACGUCGUUCAGCCCAGACACUGACACACUUUUCGUUGGUGUGUGGGAUAGGAUGUAUGGCAGCCUGCUUCAGUUCGGCCGCCUGUACAACUACUCGUAUCUUGACUCCCUGUUUUGA